UUUCAGCUUCUUCUGAGCAGUGCAGUGGUUCAUUGUGACCACAGGAGGGCAGACUGCUCUCAUGCUCACCUGACUGAGCGGAAACAGGACAGGUGUCAACAGGUGACUGAAAACAGCCAACUGGGUGGUUUGGAGGAUUUUCUGCAGAGAUGUUCCUGCCACAGAACAGAAGACAAAAGCGACCUGAUAAUAACAUUUUAAGAACUCGGUUAUAACGUUUAAUAGUUUAAUCUAAGCUUUAUUAUGAGCACUUGAACUUUAUGAUGUCUACAAUGCCUUUAUUAUUUCUAGUAACUUUUUAGAAAAUGUCUUCACCUGCCUGAAUUGUCUACAAUUAACUUACGGUUACACAUUUUUCUUGUUUUAUCACAUUGAAAGCUUCAAACUGACUCCAGAGGUCCUUCAGUUAUCAGCAACCUUGAAGAAAUAGUGUGUCACAGUCAGAGAGACAGGUGGGAGGGAGGGGGUGACUCUUGUCUCUCACAGCUGAUCAGUAUCACAGUGAGCUACAUGGCUCAUCCUGCGGCUCUGCGCUGCGUCUGGAUGUGGAAACGUUGCGCGCAGGCGAGGCGCGCGUCUCCAAGAGUCAAUGUCGGACAGACAUCCGAGCGCGUCAGUCCAUCAGGAUGAAUCUCUCCUCCUCGCUGAACUCGUCCUCCUGGAGAGCAGAGUCGGUGGUCAUCUCUCUGGGCUUCUCGCUCAUCUUCCUGGUGGGCACCGUGGGGAACUCUCUGGUGCUCGCGGUUCUGCUCCGGAACGGUCAGAUGAACACCAAGACCACCAACCUGUUCAUCCUCAACCUCGGGAUCGCGGAUCUGGGCUUCAUCAUCUUCUGCGUGCCCUUCCAGGCCACCAUCUACACCCUGGAUGAGUGGGUGUUCGGUCCUGUGGUGUGCAAGGUCGUGCACUUCAUCAUCUUCCUCACCAUGUACGCCAGCAUCUUCACCCUGACCGCUGUGUCCCUCGACAGGUAUUUAGCCAUCUGCUACCCGCUCCGCUCCAGAGAGAUGAGAACACCAAAGAAUGCCCUGACCUCCAUCUGCCUGGUUUGGGCCUUGGCGCUGGUUUUCUCGGGCCCGUAUCUCAGCUACUACACACAGAUGGACCUGGCCGGCGCUGUGGUGUGUAUCCCCGCCUGGGAGGCCAAACCUCGCAUCAUCAUGGACGUGUGCACCUUCGUCUUCGGCUACCUCAUCCCCGUCCUGGUGCUCGGCCUCACCUACGCCCGCACCAUCCGAUACCUGUGGACCAGCGUGGAUCCCGUGAAGGACAUGUCAGAGUCGAGGCGCGCCAAGCGGAAAGUCACCAAGAUGAUCAUCAUCGUCGCCGUUCUCUUCUGCCUCUGCUGGCUGCCCCACCACUUGGUCAUCCUCUGCAUGUGGUCUGGAAGCUUCCCCCUCAACCACACCACCUACGUCCUCCGCAUCCUCUCCCACCUGGUGGCUUACACCAACUCCUGCCUCAACCCCAUCGUCUACGCCCUCGUCUCCAAGCACUUCCGCAAAGGCUUCAGGAAGGUGUUCAGCUGCUCGCUCAGGAGGGUGGAGGUGAACAAGGUGCACGUGGUCCAGGCGGUGAACACGGUCAGCAGCGUGGAGACAUCCAACUGAAGACAGCAGCCAAGAACCGGAGCAAGAUGGAGGAGAGGGAGAGCCUACUGAACACCGUGAACUAUGAACAUACCCAGAAACUGUCUUUAGAUGACUCUAUGACCCAAAAGUGUUAAAUUCAUUUCAAUGUCUGUUGAGUAAACUUGUCUAUGAGGAAGACUUCAGGAAAACAGAACAGCUGCUGAUGAACAGAGGAAAAACUUUACUGAUAGAAAAAAUAUUGAAGGUGAUUUUUUUGUCUUUCAGGAGAAUUGUUUUUUCAAUGUACCAAACUGAGUGAAAAAAAAAAAUCAUAUAUAUAUACAAAAAAAUGGAGGUCAUCUCGCUGAUCACUGGUGCAGUCAGACUGAUAAACAGGAGUGAAGAUAAAUCCACUUUCAAUCCCAACAGUUACAAACUAAUCUCUGAGCUCUCCAAAUGCUCCAGAUCAGAGCUGAAUUUCAAUGUGACUCUGGGUGUUUAUUCCUCCAGGAGGUCCGGCUCUGCACCCGACUGCAGCUUGAUUGAUUUCCCCCUUCAAGUUAAUUACACAUUGUGGGUUUAACUGAAGAUUGAAAGCCGCCUCGCCUGAUUUAGCUCAUCACUGUCACCCAAGUUGAAGAGUUUUUCGAUGGCUCACUACAGUUCAGGAUUUUUUAAAAAAUCUCAGAUAAAUCUCACGACGAUCUAAGACGAUUCUGUCUGAGGAGCUGUGGGCGGUUUUGGAAUUGAAUGAUUGAUCGUUAUGCAACCAACAGUUGUCAGACAGAUUUUCAGGGACUUCACUCGAAUAUCUGAAUAUAAAUCUGUUGUGCUGCUGAUUCAGCGACUUGUACAGAUGCCUCCACAAGCCUCGGUGUCUUUUGAAAACGUGCUGCAUGAUGAUCUAUUAUCAGUGGAAACCUGAGUGUUGUAAUGUUGAGUAUUUAUGACCUGCUUGUCACUGAAUAUAAAACAGGUUUCCUUAUCUGUAAAGUGAGACACAUUUGUGUUGUGAUGCAUGCUGACAGUAUUACCGUGGUGUGUACAGAACACGCAGAACAAGAGCUGUUGGAAUAAUAAAUCCAUCAAGU